GCGGGGUUUCACUGAAUUGCACAUUUCUAUUCAGAACGUGAUAGGGUAGAAUUAAGACCAGUCACUUGGCUGCGCUGAACCAUUGUAUAUGACUGAGUCACCAAUUCUGUUUUAUUAAUGUAUGUGCAUUGUGACUGAUGAACAGCGAGAGAGUUUUACGCUGAUCAACUAACGCACCUUUGCCUUUGGGAUAAUUACGCCUUUGCCCGGUAUAUUGUAACUGCGGAUUAGCAGAUGUUUGGUUUCGGUGCACUGAACAAGGGCAAGUCAUUGUCGCUCGAAAUUCUUUCAACUAAAAGUCAAAGUCAGAGUGAAGUUAUAUAAGAUGAAGGGACUGUAUUCUAAAGUGUUUGUAGUGUUAUACACUCUCCUUGUGCUGUAUUCAAAAGAUUGUGAUGGUCAAUGUGAUGCUCAAGACUACAUAACAUGGGAUCCUGUGAGAAAUGAAUCUGCCUAUGACAGGGAUCCAUCUAGUCUCAAUCAACCUGAUGGUAGACCACUAGGUUUUCAGAUGGAUACCAUUGAUUACAUCAAUGAUGCUGGUGCUAAUGCUAGACGACCGUGUGUAACAAUCACUGGAUGUACCAACUCUCAGUAUUUAGAAAUCAUGGUUGAACCAGAGCAACAGUCCAGCAUUUGCACUCAGUCAGAUGUUGCCAAUAGUGAAGCAAUAUGUGGGGAUGGUCAAAUUACCAGUUGUGUUCCAUGUCCUAGCGAAGAGGUGACGUAUCAGUUUUUUUGUCGGGAGAGCUGUGACCAAUUUGCUGUCAGCUUCUGGUUUAGAUUUGUGAUUAGUGAUCCAGAUACACCAGAUCCAGAAGUAUGGUGUCGCGAUCGAAAUACUGAUGAGUUUCCGACCAGUCUGUACAAUAAUAAUCCUAUACCUGUGACUAGAGGUCGAACAACUCCAAAAUCCGGAAGGGGCACAUCACUUAGGGCAACCUUGACCCUGAUUCUAUGUGCCCUAGUAACAGUAACCAUCAUUGCCAAGCAAUAAGGAUCUCAGUGCUAGUUGUAUCAAAUUAUUUGACUAUAUGUGAAGAAAUCUUUGUUUAAUUAUUUAUCUAUCAUUUUAUUGAACAAAGGUCAGUUAUAUUCUGCAGUACAUUUAUAUGUAUUUUUUUCUUCUUUUGUCGUCUUCUAUUGUUUCAGAUACUGUUGAGGAGAAUAUCAUUUCAUGCUGGUCAUGUUAAACCUCAUUUCACUAUCUAUAGAAAUGAAAUCACUACCCCCCCCCCC